AUGCAAGAGAAUGCCCAGUCUCCGCAAUACCAGAGGCCGCAGGCCAGCGAGACUCGUGCAGUGCAGGAAAUGACCACAGGGCCAGGGAGCUGUAGAUUAGCCAACCUGUGCCUUGCGGCUCAGACGCUCUGGUCUGGCAUGGCCUUUUCCGGUGUCUUCGCGCGUUGUCAGAAGGUGCUUGAUGAGCACGGGGUGACAGUCACAAGCGGACCGGUGGUAGAUGCAGACCCCAAGAAUGCAGCUUACGAUGCUUGCUCACUGGGUUUGGCUGGAAAGCAAUGUGCCUACCGCUCCGCCAAGAUCACGCCCACCAAGAACGGAGCCUUUGUGACUUGUUGGAAGCGGCCGGGUGGGAAAGGCUCCAUCGUCCCUUUCAGCGUGGGAGACUUGCAGGCCCUCUUGGUGGCAGUGGAAGAGGCUGGGAACUUUGGAUUCUUUGUCUUUCCUGCUGAAGACCUGCUGAAGCAGGGGAUCCUUGCGGGAUCGGGCCGCAAAGGCAAGCUCUCCUUUCGGGUCUAUGCCCCAUGGGUCGUGGCAGAAAGCAAGCAGGCCGCUGCGACGCAAGCCUGGCAGCGGCCCUUCUUCGUGCAGGGAGAGAGCAGCCUGCUCAAGAAGCUCUUUAACUCCGAGGGCCCUCCCAGCAAGCGCUUGCGCAAGGCCGACAGCGGGCCAAGAUAUGCUGGCAGUGGCCCCUCACCUGCUGUGUCCAAAGUCAGCCAGGAGGAUGCUGGGCUGAUGCCUCUCGGGUGUCUGCUUGACGAUGUGCAGUUCUUUGAGCGUGUGGUGGCUGCGUGGGGAGUCAGCCGGUCUUUCGGGAAACUGGCGGCAGACAUUACACCUGCGCAGGUGACGCAAUGUGAUAUUGAUGAGGUGGAGGGGUGGAUUCUGGAGGUGGCCAGCAUCGUUUGGAAACCUGAGGACAUCAGCCUGACCCUUAUGGGGUCAUGUUGGAUUGGCACGAACAUCCUGAAACAAACUGGGCAGAGUGACAGGGACUAUGCCAUUGAGGUUGGGCAGGCGAGGUUAAGCCCUGAAGAAUGGCAGCUGUUCUUCAAUCUCUUGCAGCGAGACAGCCGAUUUCAGGAAGUGACGUUGGGAUCGAAAGCAAUCAAGUUCUGCGAUCCGAAGUUGAGGCUUGAAUGGGAACUGGUUCCUGUCCGUGGCCAUUUCAGCUUUGAGCUGGUGACCUUUCCCAUGCUUGAUGGCGCCGUGAGCACAGCAGCACGGACUUCAAUGCGGCUCCAGUUUUUUGAGACAUACUCUGGCGCCAGGAAUGCGGUGAGAGUCUUGAAGCGCUUGUGUCCUGGGCUCAACGGGAACAUCGUUGAAGCCUUGGCGGUUAGGCAAGGCAAGGACUUGCUGCAGCAAGAUGCAAGCCUUGCAGAAACCGAUGGGAGCGGUGUGAUUUUGUUUCAGCACCUUAUCUGUCUCUUCGAUGGAUAUCCAUGGAGCCCUCCCCAUCCGAAUUCUCCUAUACAUGUCUUGCUGCGCGAUGCUGCGAAAUAUGGAAGAGAACAAGGCGUAAAGGAGGCUCUGAAGGAAGUAAGCAAGAUUGCAGGUGUCAUUCGCGCUAGAACGACGAACCAUCACCUGGAGGAGCCCUUCGUCUGCAUGACGCUCGGGGGUGCCGUCAGAUGUAUGGCAGUUAUGGGCGCGUCAGCCGCAUGCUUUGUUACCCAGAUAGUUCGUGGCAUCGAUGUGGUAAUUGAGCUUCCUCAAGCUUUUGCGGAUCAAGCAAUGAAUCCUCGAGCAGACUGUCCGGGCAGUUCGUGCUUGUGCAGUGACUUACGGGACAGCUGGCUGACCUGCGUAAGCUCGAAGGACUUUGACUGCGAGAUGCUUGGCUUCCGACUCAACCGCUGCACCCUGACCUUCAUAGCCACCUCCGUGAAUUUGGGCAGUCAUGCCCUUAUCUUCAUUCGGACCUCAGCAGUUGCCUGUGGAUUGCACAGCUACGAGCGGGUGCCGCACGUGUGCUUGGCCUCGGCAAGUGUGUGUUCAGUCCUGGUGAUUCUGGGCCACCUGCGCUUCGGGGGCCUUGGCACGUACGUCCUCCUCUCCCGCAGGUGCAGCAACGUGAUCAAUACUCUGAGUUUGGCAAUGUCCGCCGGCGCAUUAAUCUUGGUUUGGGACAGUGAAGCCAGGAACUCCCGGCUCACAAAAGUUAGCCUCUUGGGUUUUGCAUUCGUCGCUGCAUUUGUGCCUACAGUCUGUUUGAUUGACCUGGCCUCAGCACUUCGAUCUGCUUGUUUGGAUUCUGGUGCUGAUGCUGGCCUCCAGUUUGUGCAACAGAACCACGUGUUCUACACCUUGAGUCUCGCCUUCCAGCUGUUCUUUGCCUGGGCCAGCUGGGGUGAUGCACCCGAGAUGUUGCAGGGUAUUGUGAGAAAGCUCCUUGGGAUCCAGCUCUUUUGGCAGGCCAUCGAUACUUGGUACUGGGCUGCUCCAUCUCUAUGGCCGGAAACGCAGAGGAAGUACAACUUCCUGGUGAUUCUGCUUUGUCGGCUGGCCUUGGCGCUGAAGCUUCUGGGCAUGGUGAGUCUCGUUAAGCAGGGUCGGCUCGAGCUGCACCGCCAGCACACCAGCUUUCUUUCAGGGAUCUGGUCACGGAGGAGGAAGACCUCAUGA